AAAUCACUGAAUAUUAACUCUGGAAAGGAAUAAAAUGUUUAUCCGGACCGUUUUCGUUGUUGUAUUCUUGAUUCAAUAUGGACAGACAACAAGUGGCUGGAUGAAAUAUCGCAGAAAACACUAUUUAUCAAGCCAUAUUUUACCGGCGCCCAUUGAAAUAUCAUCCAUGACAAUGAAGUACUACCAAUACCAACCCCUCAGCAAGCAUGGCAUUUCAACCUGCAAUCCUGUGAAAGACAAUCUGGUAUUUGCCGUGAGAGCUUGUAAUGAUGCACAUGUAGCUCUGCUCGAGAAAGACACCGAUGAUACAAAUAAAUUGUACGAGAUUGUCCUCGGCGGUUGGGGCAAUACAAGGUCGUGCUUAAGAAAAGGAAAACAAACAACUUGUCUGGUGAAUCACCAAGAAAAAAUCUUGCACUGCGAUGAAGCUCUGUACUUUUGGGUCAGCUGGAAUAAAGGUAUAGUUAAAGUUGGUAAGGGCAGAGUCGUGGGCACGGAUGAGAUUCUGUCAUAUACAGAUCCGAGUCCGAUCAAGAUCCGAUACUUUGCAGUGAGUGGUGGAUUUGGGGCAUCGGCUGAUUUCUACUUUUGCAGAAAUAAGAAAGGUUCUCAUGCUCCAGAAAUAAUCUACCUGCCGUCAAAAUACGACUAUGAACCCCUUGGAAGUCAUCUUCUGGCAUCGCAUGGUCGUUUUAAUGGUUUCAUUUUCUACGUACAAGCCUGUAAUGAUGCUCACAUUGCCUUACUCUCGGGUGCCGAUGAUUCUAAGCCUCUGUACGAGAUCGUAAUUGGCGGCUGGGGCAAUACAAAGUCUUGCUUACGGGAUGCGAAACAGGGACCUUGCCUUGUCGAACAUCACGAAAGUCACAUUGUAAGCUGCCAUAAGUUUCUGCCUUUCUGGGUGACCUGGAAAAAGAUCCAAGGCAAACUCAUCAUUAAGGUUGGAAAGGGAACCAAUAUCAAGUAUGGGAAGAUUAUGGAAUAUGUCGAUGCAGACCCAAUCGAUAUUACCAAUUUGGCAGUGAGUGGAUGGAACACUGCCAAAGUAACUUUCAUCUUCUGCAAACAGAAAGGUCAUUAUUAAUACUGAAAAACAGAAGUCCACAAACAACCGAGGGACAAUGACUGUAGAUCUUAAUGCUUCAAUAAAAUGUAAAUUAGAA